GCAGGUGUAGACGUACUCUCUUGUGGCGCUUUGAUAAACUAUAUAAAGAGUGAAUAUCUUCCUUUACUGACAGUCAUCAGCUGGUUGUUCUUCUCUGUGUCAGCCAAUCAUCACCUCAGCAAAGUAUGUCGACUUUGUUUAACGUCUUUCCACAGAUGGCAUCAGGCUUUCCGUUUGCUUUGUUGCUCUGUUUGUCCAUCGGACUGUUGGCUCCAUCUUGUCGUGGACAAACCUCCGGCCCAGGUUCCUGCCCUCCUGGUUGGACUCAGUUUGGCUCUCGCUGUUUCAGUUUCAACUUCCAGGGAAAGAGUUGGGUCAAUGCAGAGAACUUCUGCAAGGCCGCUGGUGGGAAUCUGGCUUCAAUCCACUCAGAAGAGGAAUAUGUAUUCCUCAGAACCUUCAUUAACCAAGUGACCGGUGAAAAUAGACGGGCCUGGAUCGGAGGCUUUGACUCAGUGCAGGAGGGCGUGUGGAUGUGGUCUGAUGGAUCCACAUUCGACUACCAAAGCUUUAGUUGGGAUCAGCCUGACAACGAAGAUGGACUUGAGCACUGUCUUGAGAUGAACUAUCUAGACAAUUGGAACGAUUACUUGUGUGGAAAAGAAAUUCAUUUCCUGUGCGCCAAGAAGCUGUGAGGCCUCCCGCCAUCAUGAUCUCACUACAGCUCAUCUAUAAUCUCUAUCAUUGGUUUGUUGUGCAGAUAGAAACAGCUCUCUGCUGACAGACUCACUUUCACUUGUUGAUUAUCUGAAGAGUUAGGAAACAGUUCACAUUUGAGUUUUAACAUUAGAAGGAAACUGACUCUGAGCUGGACAAAAACAUAAUCAGUUAUUGGACUUUUAAUCUAGUAAAUAACACAAAAUUAAAUACAGAAAACAUUCAAAUAUUCUGACAUCUUUUCCAUUUUAGUUUAUUGAAUAGUGUCUGUUAUAAACAGCUCCCUCUGAUCUCAUGAAAUAAAACUUAAACACUUA